AUGAAGAAUCUCAAAGGUUACAAUGAAGCAAAUCAAAGCAAAAUAAGAAAGCAUAUAAAAAACUACUCAGGAUUAUUCAUAACAAAGCCGUCGUAUUCGAAGCUUUCAACCGUAGCAAAAGGAUCUAAUUUCUGGGAGCUUGUAUGUUACAAAAAUAUGGACUUCUUCAAGCCUUCCCAUGAGAGAACAGAGUCAUUUUCCUUAUCUACACCAUGUUGCAAGUUGUGCCAGUAUAAAAUAGGAAUGACAAGAGGUUUUGCCACAGCAAGGCUAUGGACUGUAAACAAAUUAUUGAGAACGAAUAGCGAAAAGAAAAUGCUUAUCUCCAAAGAUUCGAAAAGCACAAUACUUCAAACCAACCCGUUUUUAGAAAAAGUAGUGCAUCAUAAUAUCUUUAGUUUUGAAUGCUUUACAGAUACGAAGACAAUACUUUUAGUGCUGAUCCUUCUUUUUUCAAUUCUUUAUGUUUUGAAUCUGCUCGUACACAUAGUUCAUGAUCUAGUAGAUGUUACACAAAAGACCCUGCGAUGGGUUUUUCUCAUCAAGUUUCUUUGUAAUGAUGGUUUUUCAGGUUCCAGGAUGAGUAUACUUUGUCUUGCGAAAAAUUGCGUUUUUGGUUGGCUGGGAAUAUGA